UUCGCUCCUGCUCGCCUGAGCCCAGCAGAUUGCAUUGGGUUGCAGUUGUGUUAUGAUUUUGCUAUAGUGUCUAAUUUGCAAUGGAAAGAGUUAUUGUCACUACUGGGAGUAUGCAUGGGUAAUGGGGCAAUUUGGACAUUUCCUUAUCGGAUGUGACUUCUAAAGGUACUGGCAUCUUUCCUGCUUCGGAGCGGAGGGAAUAAUCAGGAGAUGGAAAAGAUGACCGCUCUCCACUUCUCAUCGGCCACCUCUUUAAGACUCUCCGAGAGAGACUGAAAGGAGAGAGUAAGGGAUCCUCUGUAAUACAGGCAAGAGGGGACAGAGACAAAGAGCAAACACCCAAAGCUAUCAGCCACUUUACGAAGCAGAGGAAAUGGCUUUCUUGGACAACCCAGCCAUCAUCCUGGCCCACAUCAGACAGUCUCAUGUGACCAGUGAUGACACAGGAAUGUGUGAGAUGGUACUAAUAGACCAGGAUGUGGAUCUGGAGAAGUGCCAGCUGGCUUUCGUGCCCGGCAGCAGCUGUGGGUCAACGGGGUCAGGCUCCCUGAUCGUGGGGGGCGGCAGCGUGACGGACAAUCAUGCCUGCGACCUCUCCCAGUCCAUGGACAUCACCUCCAGCUGGGACUUCGGCAUCCGUCGGCGCUCCAACACAGCACAAAGACUCGAAAGGUUAAGGAAAGAACGGCAGAACCAAAUCAAAUGUAAAAAUGUUCAAUGGAAAGAGAGGUCAAACUCCCAAUCAGUGGAGGAUCUGGGGUCCCUGUUUGAGAAACGGGACUUUAAGGACAGGCCGCGUACAACGGGUACCAAAUCCACCCUUUCACUGCGGCUGGAGCAGUGUCCCCAGCAGCUCAACAACCCCUUCAAUGAAUACUCCAAAUUUGAUGGCAAGGGCCACAUCGGCACAACGGCUACAAAAAAGAUAGACGUCUACCUCUCGAUGCAGCUGGCUCAGGAGAAAGUGCACCCGAUGACGGUGGUGACCAUCGCCAACGCACGCGUCCACGACCUCAUUGGCCUCAUUUGUUGGCAGUACACAAGCGAGGGACGAGAGCCUAAACUGAACGAGAAUGUGACCGCCUACUGCCUUCACAUCGCAGAGGACGACGGCGAGGUGGACACGGACUUCCCCCCACUGGACUCCAACGAGCCGAUCCACAAGUUUGGUUUCAGCACUCUGGCCUUGGUGGAGAAAUACUCCUCGCCUGGUCUCGCUUCCAGACAGUCACUGUUUGUCAGAAUAAAUGCUGCGCACGGUUUCUCUUUAAUCCCCGUGGACAGCCUGAAGGUGACCAUGAAGGAUAUUCUCCAGAAAGCACUGAAGAAGAGGAAAGGCUCACAGAAAGGCUCAGGGCCCAUGUAUCGACUGGAGAAGCAGACGGAGCCCAACGUCUCAGUGGACCUGGACUCGACACUGGAGAGCCAGAGCACCCUGGAGUUCUGCCUGGUCAGAGAAAACAGCUCCAGGGGCGAGGAAAGUUCAGAGGAAGACCCCCCUAUAGACAUCACCACGGUCCAAGACAUGUUGAGCAGCCACCACUAUAAGUCCUUCAAGAUCAGUAUGAUUCACAAGCUGCGCUUCACCACCGAUGUCCAGCUAGGCAUUUCGGGAGAGAAGGUGGAGAUCGAUCCCGUCACCAAUCAGAAGGCCAGCACCAAGUUCUGGAUUCGACAGAAACCCAUCUCCAUCGACUCGGACCACCUCUGUGCCUGCGACCUCGUAGAGGAGAGAAGCCCCAGUCAUGCAAUAUUUAAGCUCACGUAUCUCAGCAACCACGACUACAAGCCGCUUUACUUCGAGUCUGAUGCUGCUACUGUCAACGAAAUAGUGCUAAAGGUGAACUAUAUCCUGGAGUCCCGAGCCAGCACCUCUCGGGCUGAUUACUUUGCCCAGAAGCAGCGGAAACUGAGCCGGCGGGCCAGCUUCAGUUUCCAGAGGGAGAAGAAAUCUGGCCAGUAGACAGACUGAAAGCUGCUCAGCCACCUGUCUGUCUGCACGUGCAGGGACAGAUGCGUUGACGGGGGUCGGACAGUCUCAUACACGGACAGCGUUCGACUGAACAGAAGAGGAGACUGACCGGAAAGUCAAGCCGGAGGAGACGGGCAGAAAAAGGACCAGGAAGACGUGUCUCUUAUGGAGCAGGUGGAAGGUGGAAGCCUCUGACACGCCAUGGUGCAAACAGAGCCCACGACCAAAAACAAACAAAUGACUCUUCUUUGAGGAACUGUGGGACAGAGUUUGGGCUGCCAUGUCACCUUCAGUUCACGUUCAUUCACUGCCGAUGAAUAUUAGCUCUGUCCUCCAGGAUGGAUUUGUACAAGUUCAACAAACAAAACAAAGCUACAUGCUAAUCUUUGUUUCUGUUUUCCAUCUUGAACACAUUUAACAACACUGAAUGAAAACCCUGUACAUUUAUAUGUACUGUACAUAGAAAAUUGACAUUCAAGAAAUGAAAUAAUGAUGUAGUAGAAAUAAAAUAGCCCAGUCUGAAAUAUUAAAAACAGGUCAAUACCCUUCUGCCUUGAAUCAAGAUAGAAAAAUCCUGAAAGUGCUAAAUAGGAAAUUGGGAGCAUUUCUAUUGCCUCUUAAUGGCUCUCAACAUGGCGACGGCUGAGCCGCCGGCUCGCAGCUAACGGUGCUAACGGUGCUAAGAGCGCUAACAGUGCAAAUAAGGGCUCACAGAGCUACCAGUGUUUACCUGAGGGGGCUCAGGAGGGUGGGCGCUACGCUUCUGCGAAGAAGCCGUCGGUUGGGGGCGGAGUUAUCAGCUGUAACCGCCUUAUGAGAGCAGUGCAGAGCAGCGACCGUGAGCUUACCAUUGGGGCAGUCUCACAUGCACUAAAAGUGCAAGUGAGCAUGCAAACAACGCAAGGAGAAGCUCUGAUAAGAACACACAAAGAAGAAAAGCGACUUCAUUCUCUGCUCAGGUAGACAUUACUAUCUUUACAUAUCAUAUAAUUGAUAAUUGUUUGCUGCUAGGUCAAUGCUCUUAUCGAAUUUAGCACCGUUAACAGUGUCUACACUCAGUUUAUUAGGUUCAUCUUUUGUCCCAUUGUACAACAUUAUACUGACAGGCGUCUUCACUCAAUGAUAUGACUGGCAUGGGCAAAAUAAUAGAAACCCCUCCCCCUCUACAACUCAAAACGGCUUAACAGCCCCAAAAACUACAGCCUCCAAAAUGACCUUUGAUCAGAUUGCAUUAGUUUUAGCUAGGUGGACCUAAAAACCAACAGCUGAGGGUAUUAACGGGGCUCAGUGUGAUUUGGAAGGGUGUGACCAUGGUACAGUUGUAUGAUAUUUAAUAAAUAUAUGCAUAAGCAGCUGAAGGAAACAGUUAGUGUGAGCUUUUUUUUUUUUUUUUUUU